UUUAAUCGCCUUACCAUUCACAGCUCUUCUGUAAUCUCAUUCAUCAUUUCGAUAGGUCUACCAAAAAACCCAAAAGGUUUCGAAGAAAAUGUCGGGAAGAGGAAAGGGAGGUAAGGGGCUUGGAAAGGGAGGAGCCAAGAGGCAUAGGAAGGUUUUGAGGGAUAACAUCCAGGGAAUCACUAAGCCCGCCAUUCGCCGUCUGGCUCGUAGAGGAGGUGUGAAGAGGAUCAGCGGCUUGAUCUAUGAAGAAACCAGAGGAGUCUUGAAGAUUUUCUUGGAGAACGUGAUUCGCGAUGCUGUGACAUACACUGAGCACGCAAGAAGGAAGACUGUUACUGCCAUGGAUGUUGUUUACGCAUUGAAGAGGCAGGGCAGGACUCUCUAUGGCUUUGGUGGUUAAGAUUCUGUACUCUUUAGUAUAGAUUUAGCUUUGGCAUUAUUAAGUUUGUCAAUUGUACAUCUUGGCUAUAGAUCUUGCCUUUAUGUGAUUGUUUCAGUUCCCUUGUUGAUGUUCUUGUAAUCUGUAAUCUUGAAUAUGGGCGAUGGAUUUCCUUCAUCAAGCCUUUGCGCGCUUUUCCAUUUUUAA